AUGCUUCUAAUCGUUAACGAAGCGCAGACGGGUAUCGGUCGGUACAGCGAUCUAAUAGCUUUUACUUACGAAAACGAAGACGUCGUUCCCGAUAUCCUCACCCUCAGCAAAACUCUAGGGAAUAGCCUACCGCUCGGCGCUGUUCUAACGAGUGAUAAGAUAGAACACGUAUAUAUUAAGCGGGACUUCUGCUUCUAUACGACUUAUAUUAAUGAUCCGCUGCCUACUGCCGUAGGCGAUAAAGUGCUUGAGAUCGUGGUUCGUGAUAGGCUAGUUGAGCACUCUCGUGCUAUGGGUAAAGUACUCUAUGGCCGGCUGAAUGCACUUAAGGAGAAGUAUAGCUGUAUCGGAGAUGUCCGUGGCCGCGGACUGAUGGCUAGGGUUGAGAUUGUUAAGGAUCGGGAGACCAAGACGUCUGCGCUGGCUUUGGCCAUCCUAGCUUUGGGGGUGCCUUUCGCAUAG